AUGGGCAGCCUUCCCCCUCCUCUGCUGCUGGCCUCUUGUCUGAGCUCCCUCGUCCUGAGCAUCUCCAGCCAGACAGCCAGCAGCUUCAGGGACAGCAUCAUUCCUUUUGCAGCUCUGGACCAAGGCUCAGCACACAGCCUCAUCCAGCCAGGCAUCCUCCCAGGCUUUGGGACCAUCUGCAACCAAUCUGAGGGCCUCCUGGGGGAUGCAGUCAUAGAGGCCCCUCUGCUGCCCGUCAUGUGCACGAGGCCGACUGAAAUCCGGCGUGCCUUUAAGUACAUCAACACGUUUGUCUCCUGCUCCAUCUUCAUCGUGGGCAUCCUUGGAAACUCCACCCUGCUGCGGAUCAUCUACAAGAACAAAUGCAUGAGGAAUGGCCCCAACGUCCUCAUUGCCAGCCUGGCCCUGGGGGACCUUCUCUACAUCCUUAUUGCUUUGCCCAUCAAUGUGUAUAAGCUCCUUGCAGAAGACUGGCCUUUCGGUGUGCAGGUGUGCAAGCUGGUGCCAUUCAUUCAGAAGGGUUCUGUUGGCAUCACCGUCCUGAGCCUCUGUGCUCUCAGCAUCGACAGGUACCGAGCUGUUGCCUCCUGGAGCCGGAUCCAAGGGAUUGGCAUCCCCAUGUGGAAAGCCGUGGAGGUAUUCCUGAUCUGGGCGGUUGCCGUGGUCCUGGCCAUUCCUGAAGCUGUUGCCUUUGACUUGGUCCAACUGAAUUACCAUGAGCAGAUGCACUGGGUCUGCAUGCUGGCCCCCGAACAGAAAUCUGCCUUCAUGAUGUUCUACAAGGAUGUGAAGGACUGGUGGCUCUUUGGCUUCUACUUCUGCUUGCCACUAGCCUGCACUGGAGUCUUCUACUCCCUCAUGUCGUGCGAGAUGCUGAGCCAAAGGAACGGCAUGCGGCUUGCGCUCAACGACCACAUGAAGCGGCGGCGGGAAGUGGCCAAGACAGUGUUCUGUCUGGUGGUGAUCUUCGCCCUCUGCUGGCUGCCUUUGCAUCUCAGCAGGAUCCUCAAGAAAACCAUCUAUAACCCACAAGAUGCGGAUAGAUGUGAGCUGCUUAGCUUCCUCCUGGUCAUGGACUAUUUUGGAAUUAAUAUGGCCUCCCUCAACUCCUGCAUCAAUCCAGUGGCUCUCUACUUUGUUAGCCGGAAAUUUAAGAACUGCUUCCAGUCGUGUCUUUGCUGCUGGUGCCAGAGACCAGCUAUUGGCAUCGUCCCAACAGACGACAAGGGCUCCCUUGGGAAGUGGAAAGCCCACGAGCAGGAACUGGGCCUCGACCAGAGUAGCUCCCCGCUGAGCAACAAGUACAGUUCCUCUUAG